AUGGCUUCACCGGCAAUUUUAUGCAUCCUCUUCAUCUCUCUUUCCCUAUUCACAGCCUCGCUGGCCUCCACUUCCGACUCCUCGCCAACAGUUUAUGAGUUACUGGAGAAAUACGACUUUCCGGUGGGUCUUCUUCCAAAGGGAGUCACAGGCUACGAGCUGAACUCAACCACUGGCAAGUUCACUGUAUACUUGAACAAAACCUGCAGUUUCACCAUAGACGGCUACAAUCUCAAGUACAAAACCGAAAUCUCUGGGACCAUUUCCACUGACAAAAUCAAGGAUCUGAAGGGUAUUCAAGUAAAAGUUCUGUUUUUCUGGAUAAAUAUCGUGGAAGUAACUAAGGAUGGCGAUGAACUUGAAUUAUCCGUCGGGAUUGCGUCGGCGGAUUUUACGGUGGAUAACUUUUAUGAGUCGCCGGAAUGUGGUUGUGGAUUUGAUUGUAAUAAUGGAAUUGGGGGAAAAGCUGGCAAAUUUAGGUUCAAUUCUAAGCCAUUUGUAUCCGAUUCUUAG